CUUAUCUCCCCCGCCUCAAAAACUAGGGUUAGGGUUUUCUCCUCCGCCACCAAAUCCCGAUCCUCGCCUCCGAUGGAGUGGCCGGCCUCCAAAGUCCGCGACACCUACGUCAAAUUCUUCGAAUCAAAAGGCCAUGCAUACUGGCGAUCGAGCCCCGUCGUCCCCCACGACGAUCCAACCCUCCUCUUCGCCAACGCCGGGAUGAAUCAGUACAAGCCCAUAUUUUUGGGGACUGUGAACCCUAACACGCCCCUCGGCAAGCUCACUCGAGCUUGUAACACGCAGAAGUGUAUUCGAGCUGGAGGGAAGCAUAACGAUCUUGAUGAUGUCGGCAAGGAUACUUAUCAUCAUACGUUCUUUGAGAUGCUUGGGAAUUGGUCGUUUGGGGAUUAUUUUAAGAAGGAGGCGAUUGGAUGGGCUUGGGAGCUGCUCACUGAGGUAUUUAAACUGCCUGUUGAUCGGAUCUAUGCGACCUAUUUUGGUGGAGAUGAAAAGGUUGGGCUUGCUCCAGAUAAUGAAGCUAGAGACAUAUGGCUUAACUAUCUGCCACCUGGGCGUGUUCUGCCAUUUGGCUGCAAGGACAAUUUCUGGGAAAUGGGUGAUACUGGCCCCUGUGGACCUUGCACAGAAAUCCAUUUUGAUCGCAUAGGUGAUCGUGAUGCUGCAUCCUUGGUCAAUAAUGAUGAUCCUACAUGCAUAGAGAUUUGGAACCUUGUCUUUAUUCAGUUCAAUAGGGAAGCAGAUGGCAGCCUUAAGCCCUUGCCUGCCAAACAUGUUGACACUGGUUUGGGAUUUGAACGUUUGACUUCUAUCCUUCAGCAAAAAAUGAGCAACUAUGAUACUGAUGUAUUCAUGCCUAUAUUUGACACAAUCCAGAAAGCAACUGGUGCUCCACCAUAUGCUGGAAAAGUUGGGGUAGAUGAUGCUGAUAGGGUUGAUAUGGCAUAUAGGGUGGUUGCUGAUCACAUAAGAACUCUUUCAUUUGCUAUUGCUGAUGGAUCUCGACCAGGCAAUGAGGGGCGGGAAUAUGUUUUAAGGCGUAUUCUUCGACGAGCUGUUCGAUAUGGAACUGAUUUUUUAAAAGCAAAAGAAGGAUUUUUCAGUGGUCUUGUAGGCAUUGUUGUGAAAGUGAUGGGGGAUACUUUUCCAGAGCUGAAGCAACACGAGGCAAAGAUAAAAGACAUCAUUGCAGAAGAGGAGGCGAGUUUUGAGAGAACAUUAGACAGGGGAAGGGAGAAAUUUAGGAAGGCCGCUCAGGAUGUCAAAGGAAAUAUACUGAAUGGACAGGAUGCAUUUGUUUUGUGGGACACAUAUGGUUUUCCAUUAGAUUUGACACAGCUAAUGGCUGAAGAAAAGGGUCUAAUGGUUGAUGUCGAAGGUUUCAAUGUUGCAAUGGAGGAAGCCAGGCAGAAAGCCAGAAGUGCUCGAAAUAAAGCAGUUGGUGACUCAAUAGUUAUGGAUGCUGAUGCUACAUCAGUGUUGCACAAGAAGGGGGUGACUACAACGGAUGAUAGUUACAAAUUUACGUGGAACAAGGACCAUAAAACUGUGGUAAAAGCUAUUUAUACAGGAGCUGAUUUCAUAGAGACUGCUGUUGCUGGCUCUGAUAUUGGUAUUGUGUUGGAAAGUACAAGUUUCUAUGCUGAACAAGGUGGUCAGAUAUAUGAUACUGGUUUCCUUGAAGGUUCAUUUGGAUCAAUUCAAAUUAGCAAUGUUCAGGUGUACGGAGGAUAUGUUCUUCAUAUUGGUUCUUUCUCUGGAGGGACCCAGAAUUUGUCAGUUGGUGAUGAAGUGAUUUGCAAGGUUGACUAUGGCAGGCGUACCCUUAUUGCCCCUAAUCAUACAUGUACCCACUUGCUAAAUUUUGCUCUGAAGGAAGUUCUUGGUGAUCAUGUUGAUCAAAAAGGAUCCAUAGUGCUUCCAGAGAAAUUGCGGUUUGAUUUCUCCCAUGGAAAACCUAUUCACCCGGAGGAUUUGAGAAAAAUUGAAUCAAUUGUGAACAAGCAAAUUAAAGAUGAACUAGAUGUAUUCGCGAAUGAAGCAAGUCUUGCUGCUGCAAAGCGUAUAACUGGAUUGAGAGCUGUAUUUGGAGAAGUUUAUCCUGACCCAGUCAGAAUCGUAUCAAUUGGCCGCAAAGUUGAAGACCUCUUAGCAGAUCCAGGGAGCAAGGAAUGGCGGUCAUACUCAACCGAACUUUGUGGAGGUACUCAUAUAUCAAAUACUCGAGAGGCCAAAGCAUUUGCCCUUCUAUCUGAGGAGGGAAUUGCUAAGGGCGUUCGAAGGGUGACUGCUGUUACAACUGAUUGCGCCGCCAAUGCAAAAGAAUUGGCAGACUCCCUUGAUGCUGAAAUAACCGAUGCUUCCAAAGCAGAAGGAAGUUUAUUGGAGAAGAAAGUUGCAUCCCUGAAGAGUAAGACAGAUGCGGCUGCUAUUCCUGCAGCUAGAAAAGCUGAUCUCCGGGCCAGGAUAUCCCAGCUGGAGGAUAAAGUAAGGAAGGCCAAAAAGAAGAUCGGAGAGGAAAAUAUCCAAAAAGCAGUGAAGGCAGCAACAGAAAUUGCUGAGGGUGCUAUUUCUGAAGGAAAAUCUUUCUGUAUCACCCGAGUAGAUGUCGGUUCUGAUACUACUGCUGUUCGAGAAGCAGUUCUUAAAGUCAUGGAAAAAAAGGGACUAGCAGUUAUGGUGUUUAGCUCUGAUGAAGCCUCUAACAAGGCAGUUGUGUAUGCUGGAGUACCAAACAAUAGAUCGAAGGAUGGUCUUGCUGUGUUAGAGUGGCUGACUGCUGCAAUGGGACCUAUUAAAGGGAGAGGAGGUGGUGGUAAAAAUGGCGUGGCUCAAGGACAGGGAAGCGAUGCAACUGGAGUUGACGAGGCCAUGGAUCUUGCAUCAAAAUUUGCUGCAGUGAAGUUGAAGUAAUUGUCUCUUGGAGUCAUAUUUGGUCCCAGAGGUUUAUUGGUUCUUACGAUUUUGGCAACAUUACAGUGAGAUUGAAAAACAAAAUCUGCUUCUUUGGAGAUUGGAGGAUGUGAUAUCUACUGAUAUGCAAUUUGGGUCAUAUUUUGAUGCGCAACACACUGUCCGUAAGAACGUUAAUGUUGAUCAGCUGACACUAUUUAUCUUAACUAGUUGACAUUCUGUAUUCAAAGUUCUAAUUCUUUCCAUCGUAUGGUUUCUCUGAAGUUCCUAUCAAAAUCGUGAUGCUGUCUGCUGCGGCGUUAUUUGCUUGUCUCUUAACAUUUCUUUCACAUGGCAAACGUUUUAGAUGAUCUCACAUAGCUGCUAUUGGGAAAAAAACCCACAACCGAACAUUAGACGUUUGUAACCAUAAGCAGCGUUGGUAUUUUCCUAUGUUAUGUUGUAUGGGAGAAAUAUUUAAUAAGAUCCGCUGGCAACAGAUUUUCAUUAAAUCUUGAUUUCUAUGUUGAUAUUUU